ACGUGAAUGUGUAUUUUAAUUAAAAAAGGAAAAAUAUAAAAAUAUUCAAUUGUAACGUACAAUAGGGAAUUGAGUGUACCUCCUCUUUAACAGCACCUACUAGCUGACGUUGAUUGGGCCAGUACGUGGCUCCCAUUGGUAACGAGUUUCUGAAGAACCCAAGGAGUAUCGUCCACACUUAAUGAUGGUAAAAUGGCCUUUAUAAGACAAAAAACGAAAGAGACGAAAAAUGACCUGGUAUUUUAAUUCACCAAGAUAGAAAAGCAUUUACAAUGAUAAAAAAAAAAAAAAUUAUCUGUGAUAUAUCACAUUCUAGGUUGCGCAGUUAGCUUAUAAAAAAAACUGAAUAAUUCAUUUGGUUAUGUGAUAAGAUGAAUGAAAUACUUUAAACAAGCUAAAAAUAAUUGAUUAUUUUUUAUUUGCGUUUUUGUCGAUAGAGCGUAUGAGGUGAGCUUGCGUUAGUACAACCAAUUAUAGAUAAGAACAAGUUCCAAUACGAUUUAUGACAACACAUAAAAAGUAUUUUAAAUACAGGCUUAUGAACAAACCCUUAUAAAUAAACUAGCGCUUUACACGUAGCUUCGCUCGCGGCAUAAUUGAGAAUUACUAAAUACCAAUUCCAUAUUUUCAUACAAACUUACGGGGAGUAUGUUGCGGCGCUUCACUAUCUAUCAUCGCGGGGUGCGGGGACGCGCCUACCAACUUAACUUCACAUGUCGUCUCGACUCGCGUGCGCGACACACAUCAGUUCUUCAUCUUAUAAUUAUUUAUCAUUAAUACAAGUAUUCAAUUUCCAAAGUCAUCGUUAUUUUUACCACCACAAAAGCAGCUAUCGAAGCUAACACUAACGUUAUAUAACUGCUGUGAGGGCACCUUUACACACAAACAAAGCAGUAAAAAAAAAUAAAUAAAUAUAUAAAAUGUGUACGGAAUCCACCAAAAUUAUAUUUAAAACAAUGAAAAAAAAAAUAAGACUUGAAUAUACUUGGUAAAUAGCAAAAGAUAUAUAAAAAGCAAACGGGAAUUGCAAAUGAACACUUUACAAUUUGGACAUCAUGGCAGUCAGGGGUUGUUUGUUAUAUGUCGCAUUUGUUGGACUCCAAGUUUCAAGUACCUUGGCAGCAGGUACAGUGCCUUUGACUUGUUUCCUUCAGAACCAAAAUUUCUUUAACAUAUUUAAUAGAAGAGCUGAACUUACUUCUAAUGGGACUUCAACAAAUCCUCCACAAUUUGAUACUAUGCGCGUAAAAGGAAUUGAUUUGAACAAGGAUGGAUGGAGUUACAGGACAACAAACCUAGAAUAUAGCGGCCUAAAUAAUGCAGUUUUAGAUGACUUUGGAUUUAAUUUCAACUCUAAUAUAACACACUUAACUUUCCAUACGGAUAUGGUGGUCACGUGUCAAUACUUGACAGAUGGAUUAUUAUUUUCACAACCUGUUAGCGGCGCAGGUUCCUGUAUUGUGCACCUUGAUAAUAUUCAAUUCGGUAUGAUCAUGCCGUUUAAUGUUCAGGAAGAGUACGGUCAACAGUUUAUAAAUCUUAGGAGCUACCGUUACUUUUACGACGUAAGAGAUGGUGCUAACUUUACUUUAACCAAUCUUAACUUCGGAGAUAAAGAAUCAAGUGACAGAAUCCAUCAUCUCAUGAACUCCAAUUGGAAAUUUAUCACAGAACAAUAUUCACCGAUUUUUCUAGACGCAGCAGCUGAAUAUAUGUUUGAAAUGUUUAGAAGCAAUAUGCGUGACAUGCCUUUAAAGGGCCAAAUUAGUUGCUAGUUUUUAAUAUUAAUUAAUAUUUCAAGAAAUAAUUUUAAAAGCUUGAGCAUGUUGUUGUUGCAAUUUAAAUUAAUUCUUUAUU